UUGCCGCGGAGAUCUUCAUGAAAAUCAUUGAUAAUGUAUUACCAGCAGACAACCUACAAACGUGAUUACGACAGGUCUCCCCGAGGGCGGCCUUCGUACAGAGACUCCUCACCUCAUGGCGGAUACUAUCAGGAGGGGCCACCACGCGGAGAUGAAAGAUACUUCAGAGAGGCGCCCAGAGAACCAAUAGAUCGACGAUAUGGAGACAAUUCCCCUCGGCAGCCUAUGCAACCGGGUGAAGCGUCCUAUGCUGAUCCUCACAGAUCCCCACAUCAUUCACCGAGAUCACCGCGCCGUCAGCCACCUCUUUCAGACCGCAGGGGCUAUGAUGGAGCUUCUCCUGUUCCCGGACUUAGUAACCCACGGCAAUAUCCCUAUUAUGAUAUGAGCCGAGAGGAUCUUCCGCCUUUUAAUACAUAUGCAAUCAACAGCACCACUCAGCAUGACUAUGGAGAUUUUGAUUCUAGAACAACACAAAGGGAAUAUGGAGACUUUACACAAAGACAGCAGAUGAUUAACGACAUCAGAGCACGGGGGGACGCGGAACUUGCUCGAAGGUACGAAUCAAAAUAUGACAGUCGACCAUAUUUCAACGAAAAGGACCCCCCUAGUUUCUACAGGGAUUUACCACUUACGGAUCGUUCGGGAUAUGAUGUAGAUCGCCGGGCUACAACGUUUGAUGAUGCUCCUUUAACGGACAGAUCAGAUCGAAACAGGCGUCACCGAUCCCCGAGUCCUUCGCCGCGUCCACCUCCUCCCGCCAACGCAUUUGAGGAUAUGUCAAAGGGACAGAUGAGAAAGGAAUUGGACAGAAUUGAACUUCAUGACGGCAAUUUCAAACCUUAUUCCCAUCACAACUUGGGAGGAGGGGCAGAAAGACCGAGACAACUUUACCUGCCAUAUCACCUGCAGAAUAUACAGCAACGCCAUGACAACCCGAGACCUUGCGCUCACCACCAACGUUUGUAUGAACAACAUAUUCAGGCCGAUCCGCGUCCUUCACCUGGGGCAAGCAGUGGUUCAAAGGAUCACCAGGCAUACUCGGGGCCAAUCGCUCACCAUAAGCGUUUAUACGAACGACCCCCAUCCAAGCGAUCAAAUGAGGGAAAGGUUAAUAAAGAUGUGAGUGAAAAACAGGGACCAGGUGUGCUAUCUCGCCCCAUAGAACAUCAUGAACACCGUUUUGAAGAUAACCUGAUGAAGACCACAAGUCCACGCCGUAGUCAGGAUCCUGGCGUAUUAACACGACCAAUCGAAAAUGAUGAACAUCGAUUUGAAAACAAUCUCGUUGAGACAAACCACCCCCGACGUAGCACGAAUCCAGGUGUUUUACCACGACCGAUCGAACACUCAGAACACCGAUUUGAAAACAAUCUCGUCGAGACCAACUUUUCGGGGCAAAAUAAGGAUAUGGAACCAGAAGGCCCCUUCUAUCCGGAUGCAUUACUACGCCCAGAAGAGCGGAGGGUGAGACAAAAGCUUCCGAUGCACGACUUUCAUCGGUUUGAACGAGUACACAAGACUGACAAUCCCGAACGUAUAUAUGCGGAUCCUAAGCAGGAUCCAGCAGGUACCGGGGCGGGCGUGUUCCUCUUCAUCAGAACCGAUGACGAUGGAUUCCACGAUGUCAAGCGAGCGUUCGAACUCUGCUCCGGAGAAAUGCCAGAAAGAAAACUUCUCGGAUUUGCAACAGCAAAAAUGAUUGACGUCAAGGAAGGUGGGUAUGACUGGAAGAGACAGCCCAUGAUGGCACAAUGGAACAAACAAUACUAUAACCUGGAACAUAAUGGACCAGUCACCAAAAUGAUGGUUAUCAACUGGUUCAAAGGCGAGAAACAGGCCAGGGAGUGGGUCGACAGAGACCGCGAAUUCAAACACGCCAGUUUCCCUAUGCCGUAUGGCAAUCAGUCCUCGAUCCUGUCGCUGAAGUAUAGACCAUCGUCAGGGUAUCGCACGUUUAUGAUGAUGGAGUUCAACGACAUCAGCAACAGACAGGAACUUCACAAGUACAUCGAUUUCUUGUGCAGCAAAUUGCAAAAUUACAAGGCUGAUGCAGCUUUCAUCGACACAUCUCCUUUAGCCGUCAAGUCGUCUAUCUUCCACCCAAGGUCGCAUAUUGUUUGCCACCUCUUCUGCGAUAUGAACGAAGCCAACUUGUUUUUCCGCGAUGUGGUUUCGGGAAGCAAAUUUCAACACGCAAACAUGACGACCCUGGUGUUUCAACUGUUUGACAUUAUGAAGAGGUAAACACAAC